AUGAUUAAUAAUUAUACUCUUUUAAAUCAAUGUAAUUCUGAUGAAAUCGAAUCUUUACUUCAUUCUACUUCAUCAAAUAAUAAUAAGAAUAAUGAUACUCGACCACAACCAACUAUUGAACGAUUGCAUAAACUUUUUCAAAUCCUUAUUUCUCAUGAAAAUGAAUAUCGUACAAUAUUUGAUUAUUUAGGUAUAUUUCGUUUUAAUGAUUUUUAUAAUACAUUACAUCCAUUUGCUAAUAAUACUGAACGUUUACAAAAUAUUUAUUGUCUAUUUCAACAAUAUAUUAAUAUAUCUGAUAAUGGUCAUAUUGUUAUAAAACAAAACUUUAUUUCUUAUUUAAAACUAGUUUCAAAUUAUUUAUCUAAUGUUAUUAAAAAUAAACAUUUAACUUGGAGUAAAACUACAAAAGAUAAAAUUCAAAAACCAGUUAUUAUCCUUGCAGCUCAUUCAUUAUUUUAUGAUGCUUUACAAGCAUCAAUGCGUACAAUUAAUGAUUAUUUCAAAAAUUCUACUGUUGCUAUUUAUGAUCUUGGAUUGAUUACAACUCAAUUAAAUAUGAUCAAAGAGAACUGUGAAAGAUGUAUAAUCAUUCCAUUUCCAUUUGCUCAAAUUGAACAUGUUGCUGCUCAUAUACGAACUUUACGUUAUUUUGCUUGGAAACCUAUCGUAGUUCAGGAUGCCGUACACCGUUUUGGUUCUAUUAUUUAUGGUGAUACAUCAAUUCGUUAUAAGACAUCAAAUUUCGAUCGUUUACUUCUUGAUAAUUUAAUACGUGGUUUUUCAUGUCGUGAAUUACCAGGGCAUUAUUUACCAUGUUUUACUUCAUUUGGAACAUUAUUAUGGUUUCAAGAAACAAUUUCAACAUUUGAUGAUAUUUAUAUUGCUGAAGCAGGUUUUCUUGCUGUGACAGAUAAUUUUCUAUCACGUCUUAUACUUAAAACAUGGGUAACAUGUGCUCUUGAUGAAAAGUGUAUAACACCAUUAGGUUGGACAACUCGAUGUAAACGUAUAGUUGGUUCUACAAUGAUACAUCGUUAUGAUCAAUCUGCUUUGGUAGUUACAUUAUCGUUUUAUUUUUUUCCAAGUCUUCGUAAGAAUAAUCAAACUGAUCCAGCACCAUAUGAUAUGUAUACAUCAAUGCAAGAAAACUUAGCAGAAGUUAGACGUAAUGCAGGUGAUCGCCAUUAUUUUACUGCUCGAAAAAUUCAUCAUUUACAACAGAAUAAUUCAAUAGCAACUAUAAAAAUACAGUAA